AUGGAGUGACACAGAUUUUGAUAGCUGCAGCCAUCACACUUGGUUUGGGCAGAUCAUGUCCACAGCUAACCAUGAUCCGAUGGUUCUGGGCCUGAUGCCAAGGGUUGAACAGAAAACAUUCUUCCACACAAGUUUAUGUCUAUCUGUUACUUGCAAGUGGUGUGAUAGAGACUUUGUUCUCCUUGAUGCAAGACCACCUUUCUUCUGUUUUCAUGGCACGUGCAGGUGAAAGCCAGGGCUUUGGUGUGUAUGACGGUCUAUUUACCAUGUGAGCACACGUGAUCAGAUCAAAGACCUUACAACAGGGUCUGUCUGAGGGAAACGGUCACAGAGUGGCACAACAACAACCAGUUCAUAGCCUGGUCAAUACAGAUUUAAGGACUGAGCUGAGGUGAGCUGCAAGAGGUGAAUUGAAUAUGCCCCCUGCAGCAACAACCAGUCUGGGGUACAGCCCACCCGACGGAGGCUGGGGCUGGGCUGUCGUUUUUGGCUCUUUCAUCUCCAUAGGAUUCUCUUAUGCUUUUCCCAAGUCCCUCACUAUCUACUUUAAGGAAAUCCAGGAAUAUUUUUCUGUUUCCUACAGUGAGAUUGCCUGGGUGUCUUCAGUCAUGCUUGCUUCCAUGUAUGCAGGAGGGCCUGUGAGCAGUGUACUUGUCAACCGCUAUGGCAGCAGACCUGUAGUUAUGGUUGGUGGGGUCAUGGUUGGAACUGCUAUGUUGCUUGCUUCUUUUGGCACAAGCAUCAUGCAUCUUUACCUUUGUGUUGGACUAAUUGGAGGUUUUGGUCUUGCCUUCAAUCUGCAGCCGGCUCUGACAAUCAUAGGUACUUACUUCCAGGUGAAAAGGCCACUGGCAAAUGGACUCGCUAUGACAGGAAGUCCAGUCAUUCUGUCAACCCUAGCUCCUCUUAAUCAGUUUCUUUUUGACUCUUUUGGCUGGAGAGGAAGCUUUCUCAUUCUGGGUUCAAUCUGUCUGAACUGCUGCGUAGCUGGUUCUCUGAUGAGACCGGUCACCAAAGUGGUCCCACCCAAACCAGGCCCUGGACCUCCUGGGUGUAAUGGGGCUGCUGCUGAGGAGGACACCAGGGUCCAGUCAGAAAACCUCCAAACUGAAGAAGCCAAAAGUGAAAGCAAGAGUCAGAGCUGUGCAGAAAGAUUCAUAGAUUUCUCACUUUUCAAACACAGAGGCUUCCUCAUUUAUCUUGUUGGUAAUGUGGUUCUGUUUUUUGGCUUUUUUGCACCCGUUGUUUUUCUGGCCCCAUAUGCCAAACACCAAGGGAUUGAUGAAUACUCGGCAGCUUUGUUGCUCACUAUUUUUGCAUUAGUCGAUAUGUUUAUCAGACCAGUGACAGGUUUCUUAGGCAACACCAAGCUAGUAAGACCAAAGAUUCAGUAUUUUUUCAGUUUUGCAGUUUCAUACAAUGGAAUAUGUCACCUUUUGUGUCCACUUCUGCCUGGAUAUGCGGGCUUGGUUGGUUACGCGGUCAUCCUGGGUUUAGGUUUUGGCAUGGUGUCUGCUCUGCUCUUUGAAGUUCUGAUGGACCUUGUUGGAGCUCAUCGCUUCUCCAGCGCAGUUGGACUUGUGACCAUAAUAGAAUGUGGACCUGUUCUUCUUGGACCUCCAAUUUCAGGAGCUCUGGUUGAUGCUUACGGGGACUACAAAUACAUGUACUACGCAUGUGGUGUGUUUAUGCUGGCGCCUGGUAUAUUUUUAUUUGUCAUGCAUUACUUCAACUACAAGAAACUGGAGGAGGAGCAGAGGCAGAGUGUGGCUGUGGAAAUGAGGACUUCUGAGGAGACAGUUCAACUUAAUAUGAGUCAGAGCGAUAAAUCAACAAAUAAAGCACAUGGAUGAACUUCAUUUUACUGCAGAACAUACACAUUGUUGGUAAUUAUUGAUCAAAGUUAUUUUCUAUCUUGAAUGUGGGUUUUGGAUUCUGUGGACUUUGGUUACAUUUUCUAGUUCAUGUCUAUAGACCAACUUUUGCUGUAUUAAUUUCUAUUUUGUAUAUUACUUUUACAUUGUAAAACGUGUAAUAAUUGUUGCUUUAUGGCUUUUGGAAUGGAAGGAAUCCUGGAAUAACCCUGUCCUUUAAUUGUUAAUAAAAUACUCUCUUUUUCACCUGCUGAAUUAAAAGUCAUAAUCAGGAGGGACUUGGAGAAAAUAAUGCGUCAAAACCCAACAACAUCCAAGUCUUCUGUUCAGUGUAGACCUACCACUAGAUGGCAGUGCAAUCUUUGAUGUGAGGACAUAAAAUGCAGCACAUCUCUCCGAUUAAACUGCAAUUAAUCAACA